AUUGGACCACGUUCUAAGUUUCCGCCGACGUUUUCUUAGAGAAGAUUAAGUUGUGAAACCUGGGGCUUGUUGAGCUGUAGGCAGGGGCGGAACUGCAGUUUGUCAGUUUCAGUUCAGCCGCUUCCUCAUCUCUCGACGUCCCAUACAAUUUGUAUCAAUUUCAGCGACAACAGCCAAACCAGGAACAAAGUUUUUGUGUCUGCCCUUGCACUCUGCGCUGCUCCUAAACGGUUUAGACGAAGAUAUGGAGGAAAAGAAAGACUCCCAUUCUGUGCAAGUUACAGAACAGGACGACGAUGCGCUUGGGGAUUCUGUUGAUGCAAAGCCAGACAGAUCAUCAAGAUUCCAAAUUUUCAGUAAGAAAAAAACAAAAGAUGAACGAGGACAGGAUCCUGAAAUAGCUGAUCAUCACACACGGAUUGUUGCACCCACAUUCCUGUAUAAUAUGAACUUCAAAAUACUAGGAAAAUGCAUUAUUAUUAAUAAUAAGAAUUUUGAUGAUGUAACAGAAAUGAAUGUGCGUAAUGGCACAGACAUUGAUGCUGGAAAUCUGUUCAGGUGUUUUAGCUCUUUGGGUUUCCAAGCUGUUGUUUUAAAUGACCAGACUUGUUCUCAGAUGAAGAGGAUACUACAAGAUGUUUCUCAGGAAAACCACAGCAACAGUGCAUGCUUUGCUUGUAUCCUUUUAAGCCAUGGCGAUGAAGGCAAGAUCUAUGGCACCGAUGGACCAAUGCCCAUAAAGACACUUACUUCUCUCUUUCGAGGUGACGUGUGCAAGACCCUUGUAGGGAAACCAAAACUCUUUUUCAUUCAGGCUUGUCGAGGAUCGGAAUUUGAUCAAGGGGUACAGACUGAUUCAGGUUCCACUGGUGAAGUAGAAACUGAUGCAAAUCCUCGAUAUAAAAUCCCAGUAGAAGCUGACUUUUUAUAUGCAUAUUCCACAGUACCAGGCUACUACUCAUGGAGGAAUCCAGGCAAGGGCUCUUGGUUUGCACAGGCUCUGUGCAAUGCUUUCAAAGAAUAUGGGAAGGAUUUUGAGAUCAUGCAAAUUUUAACCAGAGUCAACUAUAUGGUGGCCAUGAACUUUGAGUCUUGGUCUGAAGACCCCCGGUUCAGUGAGAAGAAGCAGAUACCCUGCAUUGUCUCCAUGCUGACAAAAGAACUUUACUUUAAGCAGAAAUGAAGCACAACAUUUCCAUUAAUAUUUCAGGGAAAUUUUGAAUUGUAAAGUUUAAGUUGCUUUUUAGGUCUUUCUUUUGAGUGAAAAUUUAAAACUGAGCUGAAGGAAACUGGAGGAUUCAGGAAAACCAUUUGCUAUCUCUGUGAUUGAUCGGUUAUUUUUUUUUCUCUCUUGUACUUCAUAUUUUGGAGCAUAAGCUGAUGAGCUCUCUUCUCUGAUAUUGUCUGGAUCACUUCACAAUGGAGUUUAUAAAUGGCCACUUUGUAUAGCUGAAGAAUGCAAAGUAUGACUGACGUGAAUUUGUCUCCCAAAUCUGUAAGACUUCUUGCUUAAAGAUCCAUUUACAAAGCUAGUUUAUACAAAGUCAGCAGUGUGAAUUUCAGUACGGCUUUAUUGAUAGGCUGUGAAUUUUAAACUUUUUGAAAUAUAUUUCAAUCAAAUAUACUUGGUUUAUGUCUUUAAGCGAAUUGUUGGGAGAAGAUAUGUUUCUUACAUACUUCAAGUCUGCACUGUUCAACGAGUGCAAUUCACUGCAAAAACCAGAAGGAGAUCCAUCCACCACAGAAUGCAAAGUAUUUCUUACACCUUUAAUGUUACCAGAAUUGACAUAUUUUGUUCCUGAAUCUGACUUGUAGGAAACAGUCAAAUUACCUUUAAUAAUUGCAUAUGAACACUUCUUGAUAGAAUUUCCCUGCUAUCACAGCUUACUGACGAACAUCAAAUAUCUAAAGUAGCCAUGCAUUUUGAGGCAUGACAGUGUUGCAUCCCAAUGAUGGUGCAGGCAGUGAGAAUUCCAUCUUUGCUUCCAGAAGUAGUCUAUUUACUUAUCCCUAAGUAUUAGCAUCUCAUGAAUUUCAACCUGUUUCUAAUACAUGUUCAUCAAUAGUUUAAGAAAAAUGAAUCAUUUAUGUUAAUGGUAUUUUUAAUCAUAGACUAACAGAAUUAAGGGGGGGUUCAAGAGACCUUGUAUAAAUUUCAUUUUCUGGUGUGGGGGUUUUCAUGCUCAAACAUGCCUGAAGUCCCACAUUGUCCCCAGAAUCAUAACUGCCCCAUACUUCUGCUUGCUGACUUUAAAGGAUGUUGACUGACGUCUGUUGAUUGGCUUAUUUUAAUAUUCAGAAUGCUAGUUGAUAGGCUGUUUGAGAGACAUAAUGUUGUGCUUCUUUCUUCAAGUGCCUGGUAAGAAGAUCAUAGCAGCAUCCAGAUACACCACUGGAAAGGUGACACAGGCCUUAGUGGGCUGAAGAUGGAGUAUUUCAGAUUACUCAGGCACAAACAGUGGGCUCCAUUUAUGGAUUAUUUGUGUAGCUAUGGGGCUUCUGGUUCCUUAACACAUUUGGGUCCAAGGACUGAGACACAAGAGGUUCUGCAGAUGCUGGAAUCUGGAGCAACACACACAAAGUGCUGGAGGAACUCAGCAGGUCAGGCAGCAUCUGCAGAGGGAAAUAAACAGUCGACGUUUCGGUUCGAGACCCUUCAUCAGGACUGGAAAGGAAGAGGGCAGAAGCCAGAAUAAGAAGGUCGGGGGAGGGGGAGGAGGACAUGCGGGCAGUGGAUAGGUGAGUCUAGGUGGGGGGAGAAGUAAGGAGCUGAUAAGUAGAAGAGGCAAAGGGGUGAAGAAAAUGGAGAGGGCAAUGGACCAUGGAAUAAAGGGAAGGAGGUGGGGAAGAGAUAGGCAGGUCAUGAGUGUGGGGGAGGAGAAAGGAGAGUAAAGGGGGCCUCAGGAAUGGAAGACAAAGGCGAAAAAGAGGUGGGGUGGUAAGAACUGGCUUCUGCCCUCUUCCUUUCCGGUCCUGAUGAAGGGUCUUCCCUCCAUAGAUGCUGCCUGACCUGCUGCGUUCCUCCAGUAUUUUGUGUGUGUGUGUGUGUGUGUGUGUGUGUGUGUGUGUGUGUGUGUAGGUCCAAGGACUGCUUGUUGGGGGGAGACCCAGCCACACUCAAAGCAGCUGCUAAGAACUUUUGGUUGGCUGAACAGAAUCAAAGAACAAUGAAGCACAAAAUGCCUGAACUAUCUAAUCAGUCUCUCUAACCUGCAUUUUGCCUCGUAGAUGAGAUUUUUUUUCUAUUCCAGUAAUUAUUCAAUUAUAUUUUUGAAAGCUAUUAUUGAAUCUUCUAUCACAACUUAUUGAGCAACUUGCAUUUUCCUCAUGUUGCUUCUGGUUCCUUUGCCAAUUAAAUCUGUGCCCUCUGGUUACCAAACCUUCUGACGCAGGAGACCAUUGCUCUCUUUUCCAUUUCAAAAUCCUUUAGGAUUAUUUCAUUUGUCUAUUAUCUAAGGAAAGCAAUUAUAGUUCUGGUAGUCAUCUUCUGAUUCCCAGGCCCACUCAGAUUUCUGAUUGAAGGACACAUGGAGUGGAAAGCCAAUGGAUUGCAAUUCCAUCCCAAAUUCCUUUCUCUAAAUAGACAGUAUACCCUUCACCAUCUCGGCAAUUUCCGGGCCAUGGUGUACAGAUUGUGUACAAGUGAAAUGCUGGCAUCCGAUAUCACCUAUUUACCUGUCAUACAACAUUCCACCUUAAGUGUGCAGACGGAAUAAAAGUCAAAACAUUUAGAUAAGAAGUACUUAGCAUUAGGCAAAAAUUUCCAUUUUUUUUUAAACAGCAUAAUAAACCUGCAUGGUCUUUUUAGUGACUUUCAAAAAUGACUGAUGGGAAAAACAUUCAAAAUAGUUGUAUUAAGAAAAUAGUAUAGUUCAUUAAUUUCUGGCUAAUUUCUGUGAAGGAUAUUUGUUAUUAAGGAUUUUUAUGAAUUGGAAGGUACACAUUUGAAGAUUGCAUGAAACCUGCAGGAGGAGUUUAAAAAUAAACCUGGCGUUUAUAUGUUACCUGCUAUGAUUUGGGUUGUUCCAAAACAUUUUGCCACUAUGUAGUCCAGUCACUGUUAUAAUUUAGGAAACACAGCUGCCAUUUUGCUAAUAACAAUAAUGCAUAAAUAAUAAUGUGCUAAUGAUCAGAUAAUCUUUUUAAGUGACAUUUGGUUGAGGGAUGACUGUUGUUCUGGAAACCAGAGAGAACUCAUCUGCUCUUUCUUGAGGUAGAUUGAGCCCAUGGAGCUUGUAUAUCCGUGUGAAAGACCUUCCGUGUCAGGCCUUCAGUUUCGUGUCUCAUUCAAAAGACAGCACUGUCAGUGUCAGUCUGAUGCAGAAUCUCAACCCAAGGUGUCAACAUUUGUGUCUUCAGCCCAAACUUCAUGCUCAAAUCUCUAGAAAAGGGAAUUGAAGCCACCAACUUCUGAUUGUGAGAUUACCAUUAGCAGAGUAUUUCUACAUAUAUCUUUUGGAUAUUCCUGUAGUAGGGAUUGAAGUAGCUUCUUCAUUCUUGUGUUUUAAGAUUCACAUCACUAGAAAUAGUCUCAAGGGCUCCACCUCUACCAAAGGAGAACAUCAUCCAAAAUUAUUUGUGAACUGGAAUUGUUUCUGCAUUAAGUUGGCUUGUGGCCAGUUCAGUCAACAAGUUAAUGCAGUGACAAUUAACGGCAGCCAGCCACUUUGCCUCCCCAGGAGGAGGGAGGGACAUUAUUGGGAAAUUAAUGAACAGCAUUACUUUUAUAUUAGUUAAUUAUGCAAUGGCAUGCAUUCAAGAAAAAGCCUGAGGCUUGCAUGCUUCAUUUUUAUAGAUAGAAAUUUUUUGUUGCCUGAUCACUGGAAGGUUGAACUAUUUGUACACACAUACCUUUUACAAACUAAACUGCUUUAUUUAACAAAUUGUGCACAUUCUUUUCAAAUGCACCGUUUUGUCAUACACUCUAAGGCAAAUAAUAAUAUAGCUCUCAGUUGUUGAGCUGCUAUCUAUUAGAAAAUAUAUCACAAUCUUAACUAAUCAACAAAUCCAUUAUCUUGUGUGGUCCUCCAUUCUUAGUUUACUGGGACUUCACACUGAUAGAAAAAACUGAUCUAUAUCUACCAUCUACACUGCCUACAUUUUUCAGAAUUCAUAAACCAUUAUCUCCAGUACAGUGAGUCAUAAUUAAUGGUUCAUUAAAGUAGGAAUGACAUAUAGUUGCAUAAAUGCCGAGGUUGUUCAAGCCAGCUUAAAAGAUGCAUUUCAAGCAAUUUGUACUUUACAAGUAUUGCAGUAAAAAUUUGUAAAAAAUAAUGUCCUCAUUUGUAGUGAUGGUCAGAUGUAUAUUUAGUAGUAAUCAUACAUUUAUGUCUGCAGAAACUGAGACUGAUCCCUUAUUUAAGCCAAUCUAGGACCAAGGUCCAUUUGGAUUGUUUUGGGGGACCAUGGAUUUGAUUCUGAAUAGAUAAAAUUCUGUUGUGAAGCAGCCCUUUAUGCUUUUAAUUUUGUUCUUUGAGUCUAUGAUCUAAAAUAUCCAUUUCUAAAGGUUGGCUUAAAUGCUAAUGCCCUUGUUUUAAACAUGACAACAUAAAUUCUUGCAAUGUUAUCUGUGGAUGUCACACCAGUGUUAAUUUGUAUUACUGAUAUUUAUACAGAACUUCAGUUAAACAAUAAGGUAUUUCACACAAUGAAAUACUUCUGAAUGCUGUGACACAAUGCUGAUCAAGUUGACAAGAGUUUUCAUCAGGAAUACCCUGCUAAUUUUUGGAGUUUAGAUGAAUGAGGGCUGAACUGAAUUGAAACAUUUAGAAUUCUUGGAGGUUUUCUGGCUGGGGAGAAUAGAACUAAGAUACAGAUCCUCAGAACAAGGACUGAGACAUUUCCUCAUUUGGUGGAAUUGGACUGGAGAGGAGCUGAAUCUCCAUCCUGCUGGGCUUACACUUCAGUCAUUGAACACAUGGCCAAUUAAUGCCAGUUUUGAACAAGGGGAUUGAGGGAUAGUUGGGUUGAGUUGGAAGGUCAGUCAUGACCUUGUUGAAUGGAAGAGUAGGUUCAUGGUGAUACUUGAUCAUCAAUGGCUUCUACUUAUGUUUCUUAAGUGAAGAUUGGUUUUUUGAGGUGGAUUGAUAAUUGAAUCAUUGGUUCCCACUAACUAUAUGAUUGUACUGAGAUAAAAAUCAUAACCAUACAAGACUUUAUCAUGGUUGUAAUAUUUAUCAAUGGAUGGAGCCAGUAAAGUGAACCAAUUCCAAUACAAAAAUAUAGUUUAAUACAAAACAGCAUCCUUAGCCUUUUUAAUUGUCCCAUGCCUAUGUAAUGUGAAUAUCUGAUGUGGACUUGCAGCUCAGAAUAAUCCCCAUGCUUUCUCCAUGCACAUACUAACCAUGUAUGGAUAUAGGAGUCCACUCGUCCUGGGUCUCCUGAUCCCAGAAUCGAGUGAUGAGAUACAGCAAGACUUCAGGUGACUAGGCCUCAGUCUGCACACUGCUGAAGCCUGAGCCUCUGAUAGGAGGGAAGGUUGGGGGGAGAGCCUCCCCUAUCAAAGUCUCUGACACAUUGUGAUGGUUCUUAAAUGCCACCAAUUUACAGCGAUGAUGAAACACUAUUAAAAUGUCUUUAAAAUGUUAUUUUCAGUAAAAUUUAUUAAAGUGCAUUAAAACAU